GUCAGGAAAAAAGGAAAAUGCCAUGCAUUAUAUAAAAAUACAAUUUAAUUUCUUUUCUCUCUAUCUUUUAGCUUUUGACUACAGCUAUGCUGCCCGAUUCAACUUCAGCUCUUCUUCUCCUGAGCGUCCUCCUUGUUCACUCCUCUGUUCUGUCCUGUCUUAUCGGGACCCAAAGAGAGUGUGAUGCUGCUCGUUUUGUACCAGGCCACAAGAUGGUGGGGAAAGGUUUUGAUAUAGUCACACUACAGAGAAAAAGAGCUCAUGUGAUUGAUGUGAAGACUUACCUGAAUGAAAGAGAAACCUGCAUUCUCUGCUCCAACCCUCUUCAAAACCAUGCCUACCAAAAACUUCCAUCAUCUGUUGUGGACUGGAGUGCCAGCAGUCAAUGCAGUGCUGACAUCAUCAGCAGUUAUCACACCUCUGUUAGCUCUCUGAUUAAGGCUUACACAUCCCAAGACACCAAUGAUUGGACGUUUGGCUUGGAAAUUGAAAAGGUUUUGUUUGACAACUUCGAUGUGGGAGGAACCGGCUCCGACGCCUACAAGUUCGCUUCACAACAGAUCGAAGAGGACCGCUACACUUUCAGCACACACAGUGUCACCUGCAACCACUAUAAAUUUAUAUUAUCAUCCACACCUCCCUUAAGCGUAGAGUUCAAAAAGCAGUUAGACAUCCUGCCAAGUCACUACAACUACUCUACUGAGAAUGAGUAUAGAAAGCUCAUACAGACCUAUGGCACACACUACUUCAGACUGGUUGAUCUUGGAGGGCGACUGAGACAACUGAUAUCUUCACGAAGUUGCUUGUCCUCCCUGAAUGGGUUAACCUCAACUGAGAUCCACUCCUGUUUAUCUAUGGGUGUUGCUGUUGGCUUGGGGAAGAUGAAAAUCUCUCAUGUCCCAAAGUCUUGCAUGGGUGUCCUACUAAACCAGGACUCUGCCACUAACUUCAGCUCUGGUCUCCACCGAUACUACUCUGAGGUGUUAGGAGGAGAUGGUUGGUUGGGGCAGUUUACAAUUUCCAAAAGUGAUUCCACAGCCCACAUGAACUGGCUAAAGAGCCUGAUAGAACGUCCAGAGGUUGUUUCGUUCUCCCUUCGACCUCUCUAUCAGCUCGUGCCAAGCAAGCUUCAACAGGCAGGGGUGAAAACUGCUAUUGAGCAGUAUUUGGAGGACACUUCUGUGAAGAAAUCACCCCAAGAGCCAGACUGUGAGGGUUCUACUCUUAACAUGUCUUAUAACUGCUGCCCUCUGCACGCCUCAAGGGGAAAUCUAUCAGUGACCAUUGUUCGAGGCUGGAAUCUAUACGGAGAUGUGAUUGGAAAGACUGACGGCUAUGCCAAGAUAUACCAUGGUUCCAUAUCCCACAAGACCCAAGUGAUUGUAUCUGAUAAUCCUCAUUGGUACGCUGAGUUUGAUUUGGGCAAGGUGGACACAAGCCUGGCUCUGAAGAUUGAGGUUUGGGAUCAAGACCCUAAAUAUGACGACCGGCUCAUAGAGUGCGAGAAGGACCUGAUCCCGGGCACUCACACUUUCACAUGCAAAUCAGCGUUAGGAAACGUUGAAGUUAAAUACACGCUGACCUGUGACCCGCAUCUGACUGGAGAAAAGUGCAGCCUUUAUAAACCAACUCCUUAGUGACAGGAGAUUGGUGAAUUUUGGGAAUGAAAGCAUUUCAUUUCAUCAUGUAACAUUAACUCACUAAAUCUGAUAGAAACUCACAAAUUACACUUAAUCACUUAAGUUUGUUAACGACCUAGCUAAAUGUGUAAUUAUCAUACAAUGAAAAAAAAAUCAAGAUUCUGUGUAACAUUUAAUCACAAGAAAUAACUACGCUUUAAUAUAUGCAACCAGAAAUUGUGUUCCCUUUAAUGACAAUAAAAUUUGUGAAAUUGAUACAAAUUGUUGACUUUAUAUAUUUUCAACAAAGUUUUAUGAAUUAUGUCUUAUAUGUGUUAGUAUAAAAGAGAGAGAAACGUAGUUACACUACAGUCCGUGUCAGAAAACUAUUUGGUCAAGACCUUCUGUAUGCAGCAAAGCGGAGAACAACCGAUCAGAAACAACCUGAUCAUUGUUUCUGUCAGGUUUACAGCCUUAAAAUAGACAAAAAGAAAAGAGAGACAAAUGAAUUGGAUUUUACUCGUGAGGAGAGCAGAAUGGAGGGUCUGAUUUUCAUAGUCUCCAAACUCGCUCUGUGAAUCUUUUCUUGCUUUUCCUCCUUUAUUUUGCAAUCAUGAUGCCCUAAUUUACAUUGGUCAACAGUUGGUCCUAAAAGGGUGGAGAACAAAAAUCAGCUGCCAACACACAGUCAUAAAUCUUUCUAUACAAUGAAUCUCUUGUCUUAAUGCAUGUGAGGUCUCAAAGCAGUGUCUCUCUGGGUCACAACCUUUGAUCCUUAGCCUUUUAGUGUUUUUCCAGUUUUAUGGUUAAAAUCAAGAGGCGCUGAUGAAAUUUAUUAUUUGAAAUUAUCUUUCAUCAUGUAGUCAUGUUUGAAACAGUGAAGACAUCUCAUGAGCCAAAAUAUUCAA